GGAGUCGCGCGGCCAAACGAGUCAGUUUCGCACGAGUAACACGCGCAAGCAAGCAAACGCUCGCAUUCACAUUUUAGUUGAUCGCCGUCGCUCGCGCACGACGCAUGCUAGUGCUCGACGUUUAACCUCAGACGAUAUUUGCGGAGGCCACCUUUGUUUUCUAAACAAAAAAGAUUUCUCUCUACCAUCCAGUCGUCGAAUUACCACCCAUACCUUUCACCCUGCUUCACUCUUUCUUUCUUUCUCUCUUUCUUUCAUUUUCUUUCAUCUUUCUUUCAUUUCGUCCGAUUGUCGUUGCCAGUCACGUGACUGACACACAUUCUGAGAUCGAUUUCUCUUUUUUGACGUUUGACGUUACUCUCUCUCUCUCUCUUCUUUUUUUUUCUUCUUUCCUUUCGUUAGCAAUUUUUGCACGAGCAAUUAUUACAAAUCGGUCGAUCGGUAACAACGACAGGGUGGACUUUGGCUAUUCGCACACGGCCAGUGAAAAUUGACAGUCGAUCGAGGAUUUGAUUGGAUGCGCUUGGUUGCACGAGGUUUGAGCGAGAAAGCGGAGCGAAAGACUGAAAAUUGCGCGUCUGCCCUGCGCGGCGUGAGAAAGAGAUAAGCGCACAUUAGCGAAAAUAAAACGUGAUCGAAUCGCACAGAAACGAAAUAGCUGCGCAACCAGGCAGUGAUAUGAAGAAUACGCAAAACAACAGUUAUGCGGAAGUGAAUGGCAAGCAAGUGUUGAACGGGAAGGAGGACGUUGGUGAGAAUGCCGACGAGGAGAUGGACGCGGUGCAGGAGGCAAUCGGAAAUCUCGGCAGAUGGCAGAUAUACGUUUGCCUGGCGAUCUCUCUGGUCAAGUUCCCGAUCGCCUGGCAUCAGCUCGCGAUCGUGUUCAUGGCGCCCCAUCAAGACUACAACUGCACCUCGCCGACAGGCGUGCAAACGCCCGAUCAUUGCUCGGCCAAUGUCAGCGGGGCAUUGGCGGAUUGCACAGAGUGGGAGUACGACAGGAGCACGUUCACGGAGACGAUAAUAUCGCAGUGGAACUUAGUAUGCAGCCGAACGCAUUACGCCAAUAUCCAGCAGUCUAUUUUGAUGUUCGGCGUACUUUUGGGCAAUAUUAUAUUUGGCAAUCUGGCAGAUAGGUACGGUAGAAAGAUGCCGCUGAUGGUGUCGGUAAUUCUUCAAGUAGCAUCCGGUGUCGGAUGCGCCGUCGUGCCGUGGUUUCCGGCACUGUUGUUGAUGAAAUUCCUCAGUGCCUUAGCUACAGGGGGUACGAUGGUUACCAGUUACGUCAUUUGUAUGGAGAUCGUUGGAACGGAGUGGCGAGCGGCCAUCACGGUACUCUAUCAAAUUCCGUUUAGCUUGGGCCACAUGUCACUAGCCGGGCUUGCGUUUCUAUUUCGUCACUGGCGGCACCUUCAAAUUGCCAUCACGCUGCCCUCCGUCAUUCUUCUCAGUUAUUGGUGGAUCGUACCUGAAUCACCAAGGUGGUUGCUCGCUUUUGGAAAACAACGAGCGGCGUGCAAGAUCCUGCAAAAGGGCGCCAACAUCAAUCAAAUCAAAAACAAAGAUAUCCCAGAGAUGGUCAGGCAACACUGUUUGCAUCAGAAUUCCAAGCGAUCGCACCUGGAUCACAAAGCGUCGUUGUUGGAUCUGUUUCGCACGCCGAACAUGAGAAUGAAGUCGCUGUCGAUUUUCUUCAAUUGGAUCGUCUGCGGGAUGGGCCUGUUCGGAAUGUCUCAGUACAUCGGCCAAGUCGGCGGGAACAUCUUCGUGAAUUUCACUGUUUCCGGAGCCAUACAGAUACCUGGUAACUUCGUCGCCUGGUGGGCGAUGAACAAACUCGGUCGAAAGAUCACGUUGAUUUGCAGCAACUCGAUCGCUGGCGUCGCUGCUCUUUUACUCGUCGUUGUCUCGGACGACAUUGCGUCGCUUCGGUUGAUUCUAGUCUGUACAGCCAUCGUCGGCAUGUCGGUCUCUUUCACUACUGUCUACUUGUUUUCCGGCGAACUGUUCCCCACGGUUGUCAGGAACAUCGGCGUGGGUACCAGCAGCAUGUGCGCCAGGAUAGGCUCUAUCUCGGCACCUUUCGUUGUCUCUUUGGAUCACAUACAAACUUGGCUCCCACCGGCCUGUUUUGGAAUCUUGCCGCUCAUCGGUGCUGCGCUUUGCCUCUUUCUGCCAGAAACUGUCGGAUGUACACUCCCAGAAACGCUCGAGGACGGUGAAAACUUUGGAAAAAAACUCCAUAAAAUAAAGAAGAAUCCAAAAGAUAUCGAAGCAGAGGCAGCACUUUGAACGAAGACUGAGAUUAAUUAAUACCUAGAGAUUUUAUAUAUAUAUAUAUAUAAAGAUUAUAUAUAUAAGGAGGAAAACAGUUAGGACAAAAUUGCGAGGAGAAAGUAAUAAAAUUGAGAACACGGAUUUUCAUAGAAAAAUUAAUUGUACAUAUAUUAAUUAAUACUGAGAUCAUUCCUUCUUUUUUUUAAUUUAUUAUAUUAUUCACAUCCACGAUUUUGACGACAUCGUUGUUUCUCUUCACGUCGCAUUGAAGCACGUCGAUUUCACAUUCUGUGACGAAUGUUUCUCUAUACACUAAUAGUUGAUAAAUUUAACGUGCAUGUGUAUUGGUUUUUAGAGGGACGAAAUUCCUGAACAAAAAUAUCCCGGAAUAUUUCAAGGCGUUUUAAAACAUGCUUUCGACUUUGUAAAUUUGACAAAUAUUAUUUAUAUGAAUUAUAUUUAUACGAAUGUGUAACAAUUUGCGAGAAGAGUGCCUUCUACCAUUUGUAUGUGAAUAUCUAAAUAGAUCUUAUAUUUUAUAAA